UUUCAUCUGUGAUUUUUAACUUCUAAUUUUACCGACAACAUGGAUUUUUAUCGGUUCACUUCUAUAUUUAUUUGUAUAUUUAGUUAUACUUUCGUUAUUUCACAUGGGAGUAUAUCCAGAAAAAUAGCUAAAUGUGAAAUUUGUGGAAUACAAGUACCAUCGCCAAAAAUAAUGAACGGAACUCAUGUCCCAAUAGGAAAAUACCCGUGGAUAGUUGCCUUUAGUUUGCAAAAGAUACCCAAAAAUUUCUGCACUGGUACAAUAAUAGCAUCCAAAUAUAUACUUACUGCUGCACAUUGUCUUGAAAAUCCCACUACAGUACACAAUGAAGAAUGUCAAACCACAAGAAUGCCCAAAAAUUGUUAUAUAUCGGCAGAUGCUCUUUUAAUUGGCCUACAAGAUAUGAAAGGUUUGCAAUUUGUGGAAGUUCGGCACCUUAUACCCCAUGAACGCUACUCAGCCAAAACGGCCAUCAAUGAUAUCGCACUCAUUGAGCUGAAAAAAGAAAUAAAGUGUAACCUUCUGCCGAAACCUUUGUGUCUGCCCAGUAGGAACAUGAGAAAAGAGGGACAGCGUCUAAUAAUUGCAGGGUUUGGCUUUAACUCUCCAAAAUCAUUAAGUACCGAGAAAUUGAUGGAAGGUAAAGUGAGGCAAGUGGCGAUGGUAGAUUGCUCUCCGAGAAGGACCAUUACUAAUCCAAAAUUGCUCUGUGCAAGAGGUGCGGACUCUAAACAAGCAUCUUGCAAGGGGGAUUCUGGAUCAACAAUUAUUAGGAAGUACAAGCGAGCAUUCUAUGGCAUAGGAGUGACAUCAGUUGGUCCGGCUGAUUGCACGUCAGAGAGAGGAGACCUCUACACUGAUAUUUAUAAGUACUUGAAAUGGAUAAAAAAGCAUGAUAUAAAGUCCGAUAUGUCUCAAUCAUCUGACAUAUUAGGUAUAGAAGAGACAGUUGGAGUUAUUAAUGCCUCCAAAACGAUGAAGAACAAAUAG